AUGGAAGAACCAGCAGCCAAGAAGCAGAAGAAGCUGUACAAAUCAUGCAUAUUUUGCCGCAGGUCGCAUGUGAAUUGUGAUCAUCAGCGACCUUGUUCGCGGUGUAUCAAGAGGGAGAUAGGCCAUUUAUGUGUUGCUGAUGAGAAUGUCUCUAAUAUACAAAGCCAAUACCAAUAUAAGAAUAGUAUGUCGCCAAUAGGGAGCACAGAAAUCCCAAAUGCUGAGAUCAAUAUAGGUGAUGAAACCCGUGCAAUUCAGGGCUCGAAUAGCAGCGUAUAUGGUACAGAAACACCAAUAUCAUCCUCUAACAAUAACCUAUUAUUACCCCCACAACCAAACUUUGUAUCGGAAAAUGUAGGAUCCGAGUUUAGUUCACUCAAUGAAUUCCUGAUGAUGUUGGAGAAUCCAAUACCGGGUGAAUCAGAAAAUACCAGCCAAAGUAAUAAAGAGCAAGAACGUACAGCUCACUCCAACAUGGAAGAUAGCAUAGAGAAUACGCAAGAGCAGACCGAUAACAAUGAAGGUAUUAUAGGAAGUGUUAGUGUGAACCAGGAAAUCUCGCAGGAUAUAAACGAAGCAAGUAGUAAAGCUAACGGUACCAAGACAGUCAAUGAUGGACAAGGGCAAGAACAAGACCAGGAGCAUAAUAGACAAAAACUGAAUAAACAAGAGAGCAGCAAUUCUAAAGCUCAAAGUGACAAAUAUGACGAUACACCCACAUCAAAGGAACAGUUCUUCCUAACCGCUGCUGAUCCGUCCACCGAAAUGAAUCCCGUAGACAGACUGAAGCUAGUUAUCAACGCGAAGCUAGAAGCAGGGCUAUUAAAACCAUAUGACUACGCCAAAGGGUACGCAAGAUUACAAGAAUAUAUGGAUAAGUACAUGAACGACACGAAUAAGCAAAGAAUUUUGAAACCAUUAAUGAGCAUACGACCUGCAUUUAGGACCAUAGCCAAGUCGUUAAAGGAUGUAGACUUGGUUUUAGUAGAGGAGAGCUUUGAGAGGAUGUUACUAUCAUAUGAUCGAGUAUUCACUUCGAUGAGUAUGCCUGCAUGCCUCUGGAGACGUACUGGUGAAAUAUAUAGGGCCAACAAAGAGUUUGCAUCGCUGGUAGACUGCACGGUGGAUGAUCUGCGCGAUGGUAAACUUGCCAUUUACGAGUUGAUGACUGAAGAAAGCGCAGUAAAUUUCUGGGAGAAGUAUGGUUCCAUUGCCUUUGAUAAGGGCCAAAAAGCUGUACUCACCAGUUGCUCGCUGAGAACCAAAGACGGCUUGAAGAAAAGGCCUUGUUGUUUCAGUUUCACAAUUAGACGUGAUCGGUACAACAUCCCCAUCUGCAUUGUUGGUAACUUUAUCCCACUAUCUCCUACAAGAGAUCAUUCCAACUAA